GUUGCUUUCUUGCUUUCUUGCUUCCAUCUGUUAUGCCUUGACCAGAAUAAUAUCACCUCACACUCCUUUGUCUCCUCUUCUUGAAUCGUUGCGCUUUCUCGCUCUUGACCAUGUUGUCCUCUUCCAGUCUCUCAUUAAUCUUCGUUGCCGGCGCCGUCGCCCAGUCGCAGAACCUCUUUGCGCCUUCUUUCCCCGUGGUGGCGUACCAGCUCGCAUCUACUCCUAAUGUCGCGACCACAUACCUCGUCGGCUGCCCUGCCGGCAGCGACACCAAAUCCUGCAACUUCGUGCAGCCGUAUACGCUGGUGCAGGGUCCUGCCACGGUCGAUUUCGCCCUCGCCGUCCCCGGCGCACAAGCCGUGACCCUGGGAUGCAAUCUCGAGGGCACGACGAGCAUGGCGUGUAGCGCGACGGGACAGCCCACCGCGAGCGGCUCGGGCCUGGCGACGGCCUUCACCACCUUCACGGCUGAUGCAGCGUCGACGCAUUUCCGCGCCAUCUCCAUGGUGACUGACGCCGCGGCUCUCAUGACCUUCCCUACGCCCAGCAGCACGUCGACAUCUACACCAACGCCCACGCCGACCACGCCGACGACCACGCCGACGCCGACAUCCACCAGCUCCUCUUCCAGCUCCACGUCCACCAGCAGCACAUCCAGCUCCUCCCUCUCCAUCCCCCCGCCCCCACCCCCCUUGAACACCACAACCACGCACUCCAAGACCCUCCUCCACAGCAACAACACGACCACAUACACCCCCAGCUCCCUGAUCACCCCGGCGCCCGUCCUCGUCACCAGCAUCUCCCCCGCCGUCAGCGGUGCGAACACCACCGCGCUCUCUCUCUCCGCCUCACCCGUGCCCACGUCCGCCAAGCCGUCCCCCGUCAGUAAUUCUGGCGCGCGCGGCAGCUGGAAUCUCGGGGCUGUCGUGUUGGGCUUCGGGGCCUUGUUCGCUGCUGGCAUGCUCUAGAUGGGUUACCUAUCAAAAAAAACCCCCCAUUUCCAAUUUCCAAUCUCUAUUCUCUUUUGGUUUUAUUUGAGCUAUUGAUUUUAUUAUUUGGUUCUCUUUCUUUCUUUCUAUACCCCC